CUGUAAGUCUUAUGAAUUGUGAUCCCGAUUGAUACGAUUUAUGUGAGUUUUACUUGUAAUACCACAAACCUACAGACUAAAAAAUAAUGAUUUCAUGAAAGUCCUCAUUGAGUAAUUCACCCUUUCAAAUAGUUCAAAACUCCUUUUUGGACCACAGAUAUUUUAUUAACUUUUGACUCCCAAAUAGAGCUUGUUUGGGGAAAAACAAGAUAAUGAAGAAGACCCUGAAACACAUUUGCUUUUUGGAGUUUACCAACUCUACCACCUUCCUCGUACCGAAAACCCAGACAUUUCAGAAAUGAAUCACAGGGGAUUUUGAGGGCAGCAACCAUUUUGUAAGUACUGAUUCUUCACGUUCUACAGAAGAUUUCAAUUUUAUCUAAUAUAAAUGAAGCCCUUCAAGAACCCAGAAAAUCAAGUUUCACAAGCUCUGUACGAAGAACCUUUAUGUCUAAAUGUUGCAAGUCAUCGGAAAGGCAACAACAAACAGCACCGAGGACCAACUGUUCUGUGCAUAUUCUUCACUUUCUGCCUGGUGGUAAUUAUGUUUGAUCUGUUCAACCCCAAGUUAGCAGAAUACGCCACAGACCCCGACAAGAUCGGGGAAGUUGCAACCAAAGCUUCUUGUGAUGAUCCCUGCAGUUUUGUUCUGGUAGAAACUAUUCCAUGUGAUAUGGCCUAUGAAGAAAGUGCUGCCAAAUAUCAAUCCAUAUACUACUCUUGGAUGGAUCUCAUCAAGAUAGUCCAAAGUAGCCUGGAUAUUGCCUCCUUUUAUUGGACUCUUGCUGGGAGUGAUAUAAAUGUCACCGACCCCACCUCCAAGCCUGGUGAACUCCUCCUUCAAGAACUGGGGAAAUUGCCAUUACGUAAUGUCAGUGUUCGCAUUGCAACAAGUGCAAGGUCACUUCCACACCUGGUUUCCACCGACCUCAAAAUUCUUAAGGAGAAAGGAAUUCAAGUAAGAAAGGUGAACUUUGAUAGGUUAACGAAAGGUGUAUUGCACACAAAAUUCUGGAUUGUAGAUAAGAAACACAUUUACAUCGGUAGUGCGAAUAUGGAUUGGAGAUCACUCACUCAGGUGAAAGAGCUGGGCGCCGUGAUUUAUAACUGCAGCUGCCUUGCCAAUGAUUUCUCCAAAAUCUUUGAAGCUUACUGGGAUCUCGGCCAGUCUAAUGCCACCAUUCCUUCUCCGUGGCCAUCAAGUUACUCCACCACAUUUAACAAGGAGACGCCUCUCAAAAUAAAACUGAAUGGAACUGCUGCAGAGGCAUAUUUCUCAAGUUCGCCUCCUAACCUAUGUCCAAAGGGACGAACUCCUGACCUUGAUGCUAUUCUCAGCGGUAUUGACACCGCAAAACAAUUUCUGUACGUGUCUGUCAUGGAAUAUUUUCCAACAUCACGGUUUCUACAUCAAGAAUUGUAUUGGCCACAUAUUGACGACUCACUGAGAAGAGCAGCUAUUGAGCGACAUGUGCAUGUUAAAAUGUUGAUGGGUUACUGGCGUCAUACAGACAAAUCCAUGUUGUCUUACCUUAAAUCACUGCAUGUCCUUACAAUGAUCAGAAAAGUCCAUUUUGAAGUGAAACUGUUCAUUGUUCCUGUGGGAAAGCACAGCAACAUACCAUAUGCGAGAGUGUUUCACAACAAGUACUUUGUGACAGAGAAUGUGGCAUAUGUAGGUACAUCAAACUGGUCCUUUGACUACUUCAAUUCUACAACUGGGGUAGGUCUGAUUAUUAAUCAGUCUUCAGAAAAUGGCACAGGAGCUGGUGAGACAGCUCAGUAUCAGCUAAAGAAGCUGUUUGAACGAGACUGGAACUCAAACUAUUCUGUAAACUUGGCUGAUUUGGAAGAUGAUGCCCGCUUUUUUGUUUAAAAUUAACAGAUGAGUAUAAUGCUUUAUACAUAGGUUUUAGUAAGUGUAUUGCAUCUCUCAGCAUUACUACUAUAUGUAUGAAUCAUGUCUGGAUUGGGGCUGACAGGUGGAAAAACAGCCACUUAAAGGCAAACCUUUUUAUAUUGUUGAAAGUGGAGAAGUGAAAUUAGUAAGAAAUGGUCUCUGAACAGCUGCAUUUCUUUCACUCUACUUAAUGGGGAGCAAUGAUUCACAAAGCAGUGAAUCAUUGUGUUAUAUUGGGCACUCAUGUAAUUAAUGAAUGCCUGAAAUAGCCAUUAAUUAUGACACUUGAAAUAAAUGCCAUGUGUCUGGUAAUGAAUUUAAUUCAUAAGUGUGCCUUCUUGCAAUGUCACAAUCUGAGAAUUUUAACAGUUUGAUGUGUAAUUCUGCUUUGCUGAUUAACAUUGUUGCUAAGACAUGGUAGUCUUGGGUCCACUGGCUGUAAAUUAUGACUGUAUGUGCUGCUUCAUUUAUACUGCAUUACAGCAGGUACUUUUUAGUGUUGAAGAAGACAUUUCAUAUUUGCAACAGAAAAUAAUACAAAUAUGAUGAGUUUUGACAAUGUAUAAAGCUCCUCUAUAAUAAAACAUCAAUGAGUUCAGAGUUGUCAAUCAUAAAUUUUUAGUGCAUCACUUUUUCUUCCCUAUAAUAUUUCACCCAAACCAUUAACUUGCCAACGCCAUGAAUUGUAUAAGGUGAAAAGAGAAAGUUUGAACUUGUACUCAAACACUUCAGUCUGAAAAAUAUCAACAAAAAGAACGGGAUCAGGAUUCCCACAUGGCUCAUUAAGUAAAACCCACCAUGGUACGUGCUGUAUUGAGCCAUUACAGACCAGAAAGGCUCCACAAUCAUCUUCUGGAAAUGACUAAAUGAAUCAGCACUGAUGUAGCAAGUUCACACCUGGGCCAGUUUACUUUUUGUAGAUCUAAUUCAAUUUAAUUCUGAAAAAGCUAAGGUGUUUUCUUUUUUCAUUUUAAAAACUCUAGGUUUAGGCAAUUAAUACUUUGUGUAUCAUCUGCCUUUUUAAAAAAUGCUUUGCAUACAUAGCUCCCAUAAACGUAUAACUUCAGGAUUGAAUUAAAAAUCUAAUCUAUACUACUGUAUUUGCUGAGGCUUAACAAAAAUCUUUAUUGGACAAGCCUUCGCUCUGGAGCAUGUGGUGAUCAUUUUUGAAUUAUGUUCCAUACUAUAUAAAGAGAUUUUAGUUUUAAAGUUCUGUGAAAUAAUGGAAUGUUUAGUUAUAAUCUAUGACUUGUGCUUUGGUGAUUUUUUUUAAUAAACAAAUUAAUAAAAUAUUUGGAAGAGUAUAUGUGUUUGUUACCCCUUUUCCAUUCAUACUCUGAAUGGAACU